AUGUUCCUUCUCCUUGCACUGCUCGCUGAGCUUGGAAAGCUGCAUGCCCGCCUGGAUUCUGAAGGGAUAUUCCUGCAGGUCACAGUUCCACGGAAGAUAAAGUCAAAUGAGAGUGAAGAUUUAGAGAAGCAGGUGAUUUAUAUCAUUACAAUUGGUGAAAACUACACUCUGCAUCUCAGAAAACACUCAUUCUUAUCCCAGAACUUUUUGGGUUAUGCAUACAGUGAAAAUGGAUCUUUGCAUGCUGAGUCUUCAUAUUUUAAGAUGCAUUGCCAUUACCAAGGAUAUGUUGCAGAUUUUCCAAAUUCAGUUGCGACACUCAGCAUCUGUUCUGGACUCAGGGGAUUCCUUUAGUUUGAAAAUAUCAGCUAUGGAAUCGAGCCGUUGGAAUCUUCAGCAGGAUUUGAGCACAUAAUUUAUCAAGUGAAAAAUGACAAUCCAGACAUACCACUGUUAUCAGAAAAUUACAGCAAUAUUUGGCAGAAAGACCAGCCCUACAAGGUUCAUUUAAGCUCACAGGUAACUGUGAUGAUUCUGAUGUUAUGA